AUGGCAAGGAAAGAAAUUGAGUGGAAUGAAGGCAUGCAAAGACGGGGAGAGAAGGAGAAAGAUGAGGAGGGGGAGGAGGAGGAGGAGGAGGAGGAGGAGGAGGAGGAGGAGGAGGAGGACGAGGAGGACGAGGAGGAGGAGGAGGAGGAGGACGAGGAGGAGGACGAGGGGGAGGAGGAGGAGGAGGUGGUGGAGGAGGAGGAGGAGGAGGAGGAGGAGGAGGAGGAGGAGGAGGAGGAGGAGGAGGAGGAGGAGGAGGAGGGGAGAGGGGGAGGAAAGCAGCACAAGGAGGCACCGGAGAGAGGGGAGAAGACAAACAAUGAAAAAUUGGAGCAGUAA